AAUGGAUACAUAUUUAUGUGUAUGCAUAUAUACUUUGCUAUCUGAAUACCAACGAAAAAAGCGUACGGUAAAUGCGCAAGCAUAUGGAGGCCUAUUUUUUAGUGGCCAAGUGUUGUGAAAAAAACCUCAAGUAAACAGUUAAUGAAGGCCAAUGGCAUUGGUGGUAACUAAUCUUGCGAUAUUGUUCGUGUCGAACCUCGUUUUACGCAGGCGCAGAGUGAAAUAUGCAUGAAUAUACCAUAUUUGCUUUACAUUUAUGUACUUUUCAUAUUUGCUUAUUGAUGCUUGAUAUGCACAAAACGGUGUGUUGAGGCUUAAUGAAAAGGGCAUAAUACUAAAUCAAAAUAAUAAAAUAAAAUUAAUAAAUGAAUUAAAAUAAUUAGAAAAGGCUGAUAGCCAAUGCGACGUACGCAAUUUGGUGUGUCUUAUAUUAUACUGACAUGUAGAUUAUAUAUAUAUCAUAUGAAAUAUCAGCUGCUUAAAACCAGAGCUCACUAUGUUGCCAAAUACGAUAAGUCAGGAUCGCGGCAAAGACUGGACCAGUCUGCACGAGGCUGCCGCCAAUGGUAACGAGGAAAUGCUGCAGACGCUACUCGCUGGCAAUGCAGAUACUACUGCUAAGGAGACCAAAUUAGGCAAUACACCGUUGCAUGAAGCGGCGUCGCGCGGUUUCAGCCGAUCGGUGAAGUUACUCUGCGCGCCCAAACCCAACGCGAAACCGCCUACGAAGAGUAAGCAGAAACAGGAGCCAACGAAACAAAGUCGAGGCACAACGCAAAAUACAACGCUUGGCAUACAGAAUUUUGCCGGUUUUACCGCCUUACAUUUGGCGGCACAAAACGGACAUAAUCAAAGUUGCAGAGAGCUGCUAAUGGCUGGUGCCAAUCCAGAUAUUGAAAAUUACUAUGGUGACACGGCGCUGCAUACGGCCUGUCGAUAUGGACACGCCGGCGCCGCACGCAUUCUACUCUCCGCCUUCUGCGAUGUCAACAAGAAGAAUCUUAAUGGUGAUACCCCCUUGCAUAUAACCAGCGCCAUGGGUAGACAUAAAUUAUCGCGCAUAUUGCUGGAGGCUGAAUGUGAAAUCAAUAUACGCAAUUCGCAAUGUGAGACGCCACGCGAUAUAGCAAUACGUAAGGGUUUUGGAAAGAUAUUGGAUAUCUUGGACAAUCCACAUCGCAUACGCAAUAAGAAAGGCAAACCGGCAACGGGCGAAGAGGAUAAGACGAAAGCUGCGCCCUGUACAUCUAAAACGCACACUAAUGAGGUCAGUUGGUCGCCAUACGGCUGUCAUUACUUUCCCGAUAUGCGCGCAUUUCCAUCGCCUAAAUUGGAGACACUACCCAAAGAACCGCUCAAGCGCGGCGAACAAUACUAUUUGGAUCUUGCCGGGCAUAUACGCAAGGGCCCGAUCGGUAUUGGUAACAUCUGUUACUGCGGUCCGUUCUUCAAGCACAUUGAGGAUAAGAUCAAUUCGAAUAAACGACAUUUGCGUAAAUACGUACACACUGCCAAGGAACAUUUGGAUGAUAAGGUGCAAGCGCUGGCGGCGCGUACAAAUCAUCAAAUUGAGAAGUUAACGCGUACCAUGAUCGCCGAUCGUGUGGAAUGUCAAACUCGACGUUUAUAUUUGGAGAACUAUUUGAAACGCGGCGAUCCCUUGCGUUUAACCGCGGACGUUACAACGCGUGGGCGGGAGGCACGUGAAAUGUUCGACACCUUGAAACGUUGUCGUAGUCUCGAGUUUCUAGAGAAAGUCGACAUGUCGGAGGGUAAGAUGGCGAACUCGCGCAGUUACGAUCUGCUCGAUGCAAAUGCGAAUGCGCCGGAAGUUGUUAUAGAAGACCGUAUGGAUGAAACGCUAUGCUGUCCACACUCCACAGAGUUACAAAACCAUUUGAGCGAAGACUCAAAGAAUGAGUUUUAUGAUGUGUCGAAACGUUUGGGUAGUUUACUAGCGAAGACGAGCACAUUUCUGACAGUGCCCGCACAUGCAGUACCUAGUUCACCGACCAAAGCAACAUCAGAAGCAUUGGAAAUAGACGCGGAUGACGGUGGUCUGAGCGCGCGUGUACAAAAUAUGCAUUUGAGUCCAUCGAAUAGUGAGGCAUCGAAUAUCACACCGGCUCAGUUGAGUUCCGAAACUGGUGCGAUAUCGAGUCUCGAUUACAAUUGCAAUUUCCGUACGCCACACAGCGCGGCGAAACGCAAAGCUUUUGCGGCAACAGCAGAAGAUGCAACGACCACAGCAUCAUCAUCAAUGGCCUCACCAGCUGAACGAACACAAUACAGAGAUAAACCGAUUACAAACUACGGUAAUGAACGACAGCUGGAAUACUUAUACAACAUACAGAAGCGCGGCAGCGUCAUACAGAAUGUGAUAAGCGCAUUGCGUAAGAGUCAUCAAAGAGCCGACGAUAGUUUGGUGUUAGCGAAGACACGUAACGAAUCGGAGUACACACAAGAGGAUAAGCUAGGCUACAAAGAUGAACUAUUUCAGGUGCAACGUUCAGCAGAAUGUGAAAGCAAAGAGGCGGCGAUGUUGAAGGAGGUCGGUUUACCACUUGAAAAUUUGAGCGACGGAGAACCUCACAAUCUCGUGAGAACGCAUGCGUUUGUAACGAAAGACCGUGACUUUAACGAAAUGCAACGCUUACAAACAAAAGGUAGAGAAUUCACGACACCGAUAUACAUUGAGCAAGAUACGCGCUAUCAGGAUUCCUCCUAUACGGAAAGUCAUCCGGGCGAAGACUGUCUGGACUCAUUAGAGAGCGUGCAACAGCAACCGUCACAACAAUUUAUAGGUGCGAAUAAUUCGCCAUUAUACGCGCAACAAGUCUUUGACAAAGCCGGUGUGGCGCACGGGUCAACGCCUUCACACGCCACCGACUCACCGGAUUCGCAGAAUUAUGUUUUCCAAACAAACUAUUGGCCGGAACGUUAUGUGCCGAAAGAUGCGUACUUUCACGAUUUAUCACAGCGCAAAUGCAGGGUUGCACAACCAAAUGUUGUAACUACAGCCACUUCAAUAGCAAAAUCAACGACCGAAGAGGUUUCGGCUUACACGAAUGCUCUGCCAAAGUUCAAUGUUGCUAAUGCGGUAAAAAGUAUAGAGAAGCUUAAUGGUCAAGUGUUGGCGAAUACUUAUAUACGAGAUCCAACUGUUAGAAGCAGUCAUAAAGCUAAAUCUUUUGUGGUGCCUGCAGUUUUGAAUGCAAGCUCAAAGAAUUGUACCGCUUGUACAGACGCGACUUGUAAAGGAAAUUGCACUUAUAACGAACCGGUGAAUAUGAUUCGUGAGCCUCAGGUUCGGCGCACGGCACAUGAGGAGGGACAAAAUGUUGCACAGCCAAUUGAAGCGGGGACUAUCGGUUUCACGGCGCCGCAAUCGGCGAGUUUGAACGAAACUGGCAUUGUUACAACAGCAGCGGUUCACAAUGGCUUAGGAACCUACAGCACCUACAGUCAUGAGGAAGCUGCUGCACACGCAGGCAAGACCAACAGGCUGCCGGCAGCGGGCUUCUAUGCGAGUAAUGUGUCUAGUUUGGUUUGACUUUGCUAUUGAUCCUAAAACUUUAGUGCUAAUGUGAAUAGUGUUUAAAUAUUGUAAAUGUUGUAUGUAAGUAGGUAUUUACGUGAAUAUCCUAAAUUAUGUAUGUCCAAAUAAUUGUAUAACAUGAAAACUACUGCUAAGCAUUAAACAUUUAAAUUAUAAUCCAGAAAAUGCAUAGAACAAAUUUGUUGAAAAUGGUUUGAAUUUCAAUAGUCGCCCUCAAAGUACCAGGUAGACCAGAU